AUGACACUCAUAAAUAAGAUGGAAAUUGACGAAAAAACGGCUAAGGGAGAAGGAUUUAAACCUUACUACAUUACAAAAAUUGAAGAGCUGCAGCUUAUUGUCGCAGAAAAAAGUCAAAAUCUUCGACGAUUACAAGCUCAGCGUAAUGAACUUAAUGCAAAGGUAAGAAUGUUACGUGAAGAGUUGCAGCUUCUUCAAGAACAAGGUUCAUAUGUGGGUGAAGUAGUCAAACCGAUGGAUAAGAAAAAAGUCCUUGUAAAGGUUCAUCCUGAAGGAAAGUUUGUAGUGGAUCUUGAUAAAAAUAUUGAUAUAAAUGAUGUCACCCCAAACUCGCGUGUAGCUCUACGAAAUGAAAGUUACACUUUGCAUAAAAUACUCCCAAACAAGGUUGACCCACUUGUGUCAUUAAUGAUGGUAGAAAAAGUACCUGAUUCUACAUAUGAGAUGGUUGGAGGUCUUGAUAAGCAAAUCAAAGAAAUUAAAGAAGUCAUUGAACUUCCUGUUAAACAUCCUGAACUUUUUGAUGCACUUGGUAUUGCUCAGCCCAAAGGAGUUCUAUUGUAUGGGCCACCUGGUACUGGAAAGACACUUUUAGCCCGAGCUGUUGCACAUCAUACCGAAUGCACUUUUAUUCGUGUGUCUGGAUCAGAACUAGUGCAAAAGUUCAUUGGAGAAGGUUCUCGUAUGGUACGAGAGCUUUUUGUCAUGGCCAGAGAACAUGCACCAUCAAUUAUUUUCAUGGAUGAAAUUGAUUCCAUUGGAAGUUCCAGAAUUGAGUCUGGUUCUGGUGGAGACAGUGAAGUGCAGCGUACAAUGUUGGAGUUACUAAAUCAGCUUGAUGGUUUUGAAGCAACAAAGAACAUCAAAGUGAUAAUGGCAACAAACCGAAUUGAUAUUUUGGAUCCAGCUCUUCUUCGUCCUGGAAGAAUUGACCGAAAGAUCGAAUUUCCCCCACCAAACGAGGAAGCCAGAUUGGACAUUUUGAAGAUCCAUUCAAGGAAGAUGAAUCUUACUCGUGGUAUUAAUUUAAGAAAAAUUGCUGAACUAAUGCCAGGUGCUUCUGGUGCUGAAGUCAAGGGUGUCUGUACGGAAGCUGGUAUGUAUGCUCUGAGAGAACGCAGAGUUCAUGUAACUCAGGAAGAUUUUGAAAUGGCUGUAGCUAAGGUAAUGCAGAAGGACUCAGAGAAGAAUAUGUCCAUCAAGAAACUCUGGAAGUAAAUUAUGUUUUUCGAUUUAACUGAAUUUUGUAAUCAUUACCGUGAAUAAAAUUUCACAUGCGAUAUAGCUAUAA